AUCGAGAUCCGGCGUACCGGAGCCUGCACGUGAAGAGACAUCAGUCCCAUGCAGAGCUUUUCCGUCGCGGGAGCAGAGCUUUGGAUUCCGGGCGGGUCUUGUAACUCCGGACGCUUUUUACAAUCACCCGGAGUCAGAUUGUGCGACUUUGUAGCUAGCAAAAAUCGCUGCUUUGAACGGUGGCAGCAUUUCCAGGCCCGGAAGUGCAAUUGCGUUUGCGAUUAUCCAUAUUAGAAAAACGUUCGAAUAUGAGCGUUCGCGCGCGUUGAUUUGUGUAUUUUUCUCCGGGUGCAACAGAGAUUUGCAGAUGAGGAUUUCAGUUUAGAUGGAUAGUGACAAAAAGUGGUGCAUAACUCUCGGGUCUAAUCAGGGGCACAUGCAGUGAAUGCAAAAACGUUUUGUGAAUUGUUUCUGUUGUUUCUAAUUGGAUUUGUCACUGUGAUCAUGGAUAUGCUUGUUUUCAAUAUAUUACACUUUCUCAGCCUUUUGCUGGUGGUAUCGGCUGGUCAGCAGUACUUCCGAGUGCAGCCGCAUGAUACGAAAGUGCAAGAAGGAGGAGAAGCUAUGUUGGAAUGCGAAGUUGCCAUGCUGGCUGGGGCUGUACAGUGGACGAAGGAUGGCUUUGCACUUGGUUUUUCGUCGGUCAUCCCAGGAUACCCCAGAUACUCGGUUAUUGGCGAACGUAGAAACGGGGUCUACAACUUGCGGAUAAGCAACGCAUCCCUUGAGGACGACGCUGAAUAUCAGUGCCAAGUUGGACCCUCCAAAUUGAACAAGGCGAUCAGGGCAAACGCCAGACUAACUGUAUUUUCUCCUCCAUCCUCGGUGGAAAUUCUCGACCACAGGCACAACUCGAAAAUAGAAAUAAAGGAAAAUCAAGAGUUUCAUUUGGAGUGCCGAGUCCGUAAUGCAAAACCUGCCGCUAAGAUUAUUUGGUAUAGAGGCAAUGUGGAAAUUAACAUACCGAGUCGUGAAGACCAAACAAUCGAAAUUCCUGGCAAAACCGGCGAUAAAAGAGUAACUCGCUACGAUACCCACUCUCGAAUAUCACUGAAACCAACUGCUGAAGAUGAUUUUGCUAGUUACACCUGUGAAGCUAGACACGAGGCUCUAGUUUCUAGCAUACCCAUGAGAGCUACCGUUCAACUUAGUGUUUUAUAUCCACCUGGAUUGCCUUAUAUUGAAGGUUAUACCGAAGGAGAAACCAUCAAAAGAGGACAAACGGUCGAAUUAGUAUGCAGAAGUCGUGGUGGUAAUCCGCCAGCGCAACUAAUCUGGUACAAAAACGGGGAACAAAUUCGAAUGGCAUACCGGACAGCAGGAAGAGUAUCCGAGAACGUGUAUACUUUCACAGCAGAUGCGAGUGAUAACAAAGCUCGAUACAAAUGUGAGGCCAGCAAUAUCAUGUCGAAAAACGUAUUGAAGGCGGAAUUAGAUAUGACAGUUUUGUUUGCUCCUGCUCACGUAUCAAUAUCUGGACCGACUGAAGCUAGAGUAGGAGAUCCGGUGCCAUUGACCUGCUCCACUGCAAAUUCCAACCCACCAGCCGAAAUCAGAUGGAUGAUUGAAGGCCGGCCAGUUCAAAAUGCAACAUCAAGAACGGUGGUAUCUCCAGAAGGUGGUUGGAUUACCAGUUCAAAUAUCACAGCAGUCGUAAAAACUGAUAAAAGAAGCGUGGUGGUGAUUUGUCAUGGAGUCAACGCUCAACUCACUGAAAAUGUAGUAUCGACCCACACAAUCAAUGUUUUAUAUCCCCCAAGCCAGCCAUUCAUUCAAGGCUAUGAGGAAGGACUGCAUAUAACUGCAGGAACAGUUAAGAAAAUUUCCUGUUCUUCCGCAGGCGGAAACCCUUUGGCUACUUUAACGUGGUACAAAAACGACAAAAAGAUUCAUUCAACCACUAAAACAAAUAACGACAUUGUGAGUGCCGAAAUCACAAUUCUCACCAACGUCACAGACAACGAAGCUCAAUACCGAUGCGAAGCUGCCAACUCAGCCACUGAAAUACCAAUGUUUAAAACCAUCACCAUGAGUGUCUAUUAUCCACCGGAAACUGUGCGAAUUCGUCAAGAGCCAGCCGAACUGAAACCGAACGAGGAAGCAACAUUAAUUUGCGAUUCCAGCUCGAGCAAUCCUCCAGCCACAUUGACCUGGUGGCGUGAAGGCAUUCCAGUACAAGGAUACCAAAAUUACUCCAAACAAGGCCUCCAUGGCGGUACAGUAUCAACAAUUGAGCUGAAAGUUAAUGUGUCGGAGGAAAUGAAUGGCAUUCAGUACGCGUGCCAAGCGCAAAACGAGGCGCUUCAACGAAGUGCUCAUGAUUCCAUCAGUUUGCAAGUUUUAUACAAACCUGUUUUCGAUAAAAGCAACGAAGAGUUUGUCACUGGAAUAGAGAAUGAACCUCUAAUUAUCACCCUGAAAGCGGAUGGAAAUCCAGAAAGUUUGGCUUAUACAUGGACGAGAGAUGGUCUUCCCAUCACCCAGUCAUCAUCAGCAAAUGGAGCAGAAAGAAUAGUCUCCGAUGGACCUGUUUUGAAUAUCACAAGACUGACCAGACAUGAUGCGGGCGCUUACAACUGUGAGGCUCUAAAUUCACAGGGAAGUUCCAUGGCUUCAGUGAAUAUUACUGUUCAAUAUCCUGCAUCCAUACUACAAACCAGCGAAACCGUCAUUGUGAAUCCUAAAGAAGAUGCUACUUUAUCGUGCUCGGCCGAUGGAAAUCCUAUGGCCGACGACACAAUAACAUGGAAAAGGGAUGAUUUUCCUGACUUCGAUGCUCGAACAUCCAUAAUGUAUGAUAAGAAUGGAACUUCGCAUUUGAGAAUCACUCAAGUGACCAGGGAGGAUCUUGGAAUGUUUCAAUGCAUUGCAAACAAUGGAAUUGGAAAUGCCACCACAAAGAACGUGAUGCUGAUUGUCAAACAUAAACCCGAAAUUGAUGCGGGUCCCACUCUAUUGAAGUUUGCAAGUGAUGCAGGUGACACAGGAAAACUGAUAUGCAGAAGUCAAGCUUCUCCAUUAGCGCGAUUCACUUGGAGUAGAAAUGGAAGUCCAAUAAGUGCGAAUACUAGUGGCAAAUACUACUCGGCUUAUCAUCAGGUGAGCUACGUUUAUCAAUAG